AUGGCCAACUCAAAUCCUCCUUCCCAAGUACAAAUCUCUGCCUCCAACACCCAGCCCAGUGUUCCGCCCUUUCAUUAUUAUGGCGUCCGCUUACGAGGAAGAAAAUGGACAUCAGAAGCUUACAAUCAGCAUGAAUCUAAAAACAUAUGGAUCGGUACCCAUUUCACACCAGAAAUGGCCGCCAUUGCUCAUGAUGUAGCUGCGCUAGCAUUCAACGGGGCCAGUGCAUUGCUUAAUUUUCCUGAUAUAAUACAAUCCCUUCCCGUGCCAAAAUCGAUUUCAAUUGUUGAUAUUCGAGCAGCUGUAGAGGAAGCAACAAAACAGUUUAGUGCAAUGCCUGAGGUCGUGGAUGCAUCUGAGGUGCCACCACAAGAUAUAGGGAAAACAUAUAUUACCGCCUGCCCGCGCGACAAAUCCUGCCAGCGCCCCCUGCCACGCCUGCCAGUGCCGGUGCUCCAUGCCCAAGGCUGCCCGCGCGCACCCACGCUCGCCGCAAGCACCUGCCUGCACACUCAUGCGCUUGCCCACUCUAGCUUGAUCGCGUCCGCCAUGUCGGGUCGGGUCAACCCGGCAACCUGCUGGGUCGGGUCUGGGUUCGGAUUUUCGACCCAUUUAUCUACACGGGUCGGGUUAGGAUCAGCCCGUUUUAACCCAGGUCAGAUGCGGAUUCGAUCCGAAUCCGACCCGUGA